AUGGUAGGACUUCUUGGCUACCACUUCGACUCCAGUGCGAUGAUCAUCUGGACACCAGAACACGGACAAACAACUCAAUCCUACAAUGGCUCUCUCCAACCUGGUCCUCCACCACCACCACCACCGCCCCAUCCAAGCACGACCAUGAACACACCGCAAUGGACACCUCUGACAAACGCCAUCGCAGGCUCGCCAGCAACCACCCCAUCAAAGUCUCGCCUGCGAAUCAGACUAGAGCCCUUGCUUAGCUGGGAGCACUGGCAACAAGCCGAACAAGAGCCACCGCCGCUGCUCGUUGUCGAGAAUCUCAACGAUCAGCCAGUCUCACUUAAAUAA